AUGGGUAGCCGCCGAUUUCCCACCGUCUCCUUCCUCUUCCUUUCCAUCGUCAUCUUCUUCCCUUCCUCCCUGCUCGGCCAGCAGCCAUACAUCGGCCUCCGCACCAACGACUGCUACAACCCCCACAACGCCUCCUCCGGAUUAGGGUACUUCUGCAACGGCGCCGCCGCCGCCUGCCCCGCCUUCCUCACCUUCCGGCCCGCGAACCAGUCCCUCGCCGCCGUCGCGGCCCUUCUGGGCGUCGAUCCCUCUCUCCUCGCACAGGCCAACUCCAUCUCCCUUGCAGCGACUUUCCCAUCGGGUUCGGUGGCGGUCGUCCCAGUGAACUGCUCCUGCUCUGGCGGGUACUGCCACCUUCAUCGCAGUUAUUGCCACCAUUACUGCUCGUAGGAAUCAUCUAAUCUCAAAGGAAAACUGGUUUUCCACAGGUAUUACCAGGCCGAAGCCUCCUACGUGGUCAGUACGGGAGACACCUAUUUAACCAUCGCCAACAACAUCUUCCAGGGCCUCUCUACCUGCCAGGCGCUGAUAAACCAGAACAGGAGCUCCUCCCAGGGGUACCUCAUCGCCGGAAGCAGCAUCCCCGUCCCCCUGAGGUGCGCCUGCCCGACUCCGAACCAGGCCUCUAAUGGCGUCAGGUAUCUCCUAAGUUACCUGUUGAAGGAGGGGGACGAGGUGAACAUAAGCAUUGCGUACGGAGUGACCAGGGAGGAGGCCCUCGCCGCCAAUGGGCUCUCCUUCCGGGACACCAUCUACCCCUUCACCACUCUUCUCCUCCCUCUGAAGAACGAGCCCCGCAUCUCUCAGGAGACCAUCCCGCCGCCCCCGCCGCCGCCGGAACCCUCCGCCGCCGCCGGCGGGAGCGGCUCCAACCGCACGAAAGUUUACGUGGGGGUUGGAGUUUCCAUCGGCACAGUCAUAAUCCUCUCACUUGGCGCCUUCUUUCUGAUCCACAAGAGGAAGGAGAAGAACAACAACAAAAAGGGAAGCAUCGUCACCGAGGACUCAACUGCGAAUCCACCAUCGGUGAUCCUCUCCUUGAUCCCCAACAUUUCCCUGAAAGUCUACGAGUUCCACCAACUGAACCAGGCAACGAAGGGCUUCUCCACCGAACGCCGGAUCGAGGGCUCCUCCGUCUACCGGGCGGAGCUGAGCGGCUCCCCCGCCGCCGUGAAGAGAAUGAACAGAGAUGUCUCCGGGGAGAUCAACAUCCUCAUGAAAAUCAACCACUUCAACAUCAUCUCCCUCUCCGGCUUCUGCUCCCACUUGGGCACCUGCUACCUCGUCUACGAGUACAUGGAGAACGGGUCUCUAAGGGACUGGAUCAUCCACAAGGACCGUUCCAAGGUCCUGUCAUGGAUUCAGAGGAUCAAGAUAGCUCUCGACGUGGCCAUUGGGCUCGACCAUCUCCACGGCUACACAGAGCCGCCAUGCGUCCACAAGGACGUGAAGAGCAGCAACAUCCUCUUGGACGGAGACUUCCGGGCCAAGGUGGCCAACUUCGGGCUCUUCAGGCCUGCGGCCGGCGGCGGCGAGUUCCCGCCGACGAGGCACAUCGUCGGCACCGUCGGCUACAUGGCGCCGGAGUACGCCGAGCACGGGGUCAUCUCCCCUUCGAUCGACGUUUACUCCUUUGGGGUGGUGAUGAUGGAGCUGGUCACCGGAAGGGACGCAGCGGCGGCGGCGCCAGGAGGAGAGGAGAGCUUCGCGGCGGCGCUGACCUCCUUCCUCGGAGGAGGAGGAGGAGAAACACCUGAGGAGAUGAGGAGCUUCGUGGAUCCCUCGCUGGAAGGGGAGCACCCGCCAGCUCAGGUCCUGGCCAUGGCCCGGCUGGUCAACACUUGCUUAGAGGACGACCCAGCACGUCGGCCCGACAUGGGGAAAGUGGCACGCGUUCUCUCCGUCAUCUUGACUGAGUCGUUGACUUGGGCGGCGGCUCGGCCAGAAAAUCCAUUGAAAAUAUAG